AUGAAAAUUUCAGCUACAAUUAUUAUAUUCUUGGUUUGCAUUUACUUUAAUGCGGUCAACAGUAAAAGUUUGAAAAGUUUCUAUGGCAACUCAAAAAACUAUAGCAAAGGUCAACGCAAACCUCUAGCCAGUCCUUUGGGCAAUGGUAUUCACGAUAACUAUAAACGUGCCAAACGUGAAACAUCCAGAGGUAUACAAGAAUUUCAAGAAGUUCUAAACACGGCCAAAGUAGAGUGUGUAAAGGAGAUGAAUAUGGAUCCCAGCAUUAUGGAAAAGUCUCUUAUGUAUGAGGAAUAUCCCACAGAUGAGGAGAAAUGUUUAAUGAUGUGCAUGUUAAAGAAAACUAAAUUGAUGGAAAAUGUUAACAAAUUGUCAACAAAUACUAUUGCUCGUAUUGCCAGCAUGAUUUCGGAAAACAAUCCCCUAGUGGUGUCGGUUGCUGUGGCUAAAGCUAAUAAUUGCAACACUUUGAUCAGAGCUAAUCAUCCCUGCGAGGCAGCUUAUCAAAUCAACAAAUGCAUUGGCACUGAAUUAAAAGCGGCCAAAUUGAAGUUGUAUUAUUAG